AAAAAAAAAGAAACUUCCGUCGCCGCCGAAGAACUUCUCCCCAGAUGCCGACGAAUAAAGCUCGCAAUUUAUCUGCUAAAGGUUUUUAAUAACCAAAAUAAACCGAUGUUCAGAUUCAGUUUGGUUCGGUUCGGUUCGGUUAACUUAGAUGUACACUCCUUUAAAGGUUCGGUCUGAAUCUUUUAUUUUCUGGUUUGGGAAAAAAAAAGAAGAAAAUGCUAAAGAAGAGCUCCUCCGAUUCAUAUCGUCUUCUUGCUCCGGCACUAUCAUCAUCACUAUCCUCUACAUCGAUAAACAAAACAGAGAUCGAACGUAUCACAAGAAUCAUCAAUGAUCAUCCAUUCCCAAACCAUCCGAUUCAACCCAUUCUCUCCAAGCACAUCCCUUUAUCAUCUCUAUCACCGGAAUUUGUAUCAGAAGUCCUCGGUCGUCUCUUCGCUGCUCAUUCCAACGGCCUCAAAGCUCUCGAGUUUUUCAAGUAUACACUUAAAACCUCCAAAUCAUCUCCACCCACCUCUGAUUCAUUCGAGAAAACACUUCACAUCCUCGCACGGAUGCGUUAUUUCGAUCAAGCUUGGGCUUUAAUGGCGGAAAUGCGAAAAGACUACCCUGGUUUGUUGAGUUUUAAGUCAAUGAGCAUACUUCUCUGCAAAAUCGCUAAAUUUGGUUCUUACGAAGAAACUUUAGAAGCUUUCGUGAAGAUGGAGAAAGAGGUUUUUAGAAAAAGGUUUGGUGUUGAUGAGUUCAAUGUUCUUCUACGAGCGUUUUGCACAGAGCGUGAGAUGAAGGAAGCGAGAUCAGUUUUUGAGAAAUUGCAUUCUAGGUUUAACCCAGAUGUGAAGACGAUGAACAUUUUGCUUUUAGGGUUUAAGGAAGCUGGUGAUGUUACGGCCACUGAGCUGUUUUAUCAUGAGAUGGUGAAACGAGGAUUCGAACCCAAUUCAGUUACUUACGGUAUUAGAAUCGAUGGGUUCUGUAAAAAACGCAACUUUGGGGAAGCCUUGAGACUCUUUGAAGAUAUGGAUCGUUUAGAUUUUGAUAUCACAGUACAGAUACUCACUACGUUGAUUCAUGGGUCUGGUGUAGCUCGGAAUAAGAUCAAAGCACGCCAACUGUUCGAUGAAAUUCCCAAGAGAGGGUUAAUACCUGAUUGUGGAGCUUAUAACGCUUUGAUGAGUACGCUUAUGAAAUGUGGAGAUGUGAGUGGUGCUGUUAAGGUGAUGAAGGAGAUGGAAGAGAAAGGUAUUGAGCCUGACAGUGUAACUUUUCACUCCAUGUUUAUUGGACUGAUGAAAUCGAAAGAGUUUGGAUUCAAUGGUGUAUGUGAGUAUUAUCAGAAGAUGAAGGAAAGAUCUCUGGUUCCGAAAACACCAACCGUGGUGAUGCUGAUGAAGUUGUUCUGUCAAAACGGUGAAGUUAACUUAGGAUUAGAUCUGUGGAAGUAUAUGUUGGAGAAAGGGUAUUGCCCUCAUGGUCACGCGUUGGAUCUCCUUACCACUGCACUGUGCGCUCGAAGAAGAGCCAAUGAUGCAUUUGAGUGCUCGAUGCAAACAGUGGAGAGAGGAAGGUGUGUGAGCGAACCAGUCUAUCGGAUGUUAGAGACCUCAUUAUCGAGCAAAGACGAGUUGGGGAAACUACAGGAACUCAAGAUGAAGAUAGAGAAACUGCAUAGCUUUUUGCCACCGCCUGGAAAACAGCUAAUUUAGAAUGUAGCUUCACUGUAAUCGGUUCUUGUUUGCAGACCAAUUGAAAGCUACCUUUUUGUCACCCAAUUGAACAAUCAAGAACCAAAAGCUUUUGAGAUU